AUGAAAAACGAAAGCAAUUCGCGGGGCAGUCCCACUGCGGACUGAAUACAGAGGAAGCUCGUGAGUCAUGAGAUGGAAAGUAGCAUUUUAGAACAAUAAUACCCAUGGUGCUUCUCUUUCCUGGUUGAUGUAGAGACGUAUAGCCCCGCAACAAUGGCGGGCGGCGCUGCUGUGUGUUUCUUCAUAGCGUUUGGGAUCUUUUCUAAAGGUCUAACAGCUGUGAUCCAGACACAGCAGACUGUGAUGGCAGCAGUGGGAGACAAAGCCUCUUUACACUGUCAGCUCAUGGAAACUAAAGAUGUCCUUCAAGUCACGUGGCAGAAGAUCUUCCCUGGAGGAGGCACUAAUGUUGCCACCUACAACAAAGUCUUUGGUGAAACAGUGAAUCCUGAAUUCAAAGAUAAAGUAGAGUUUGAAGAUGCUGGACUUCAGAACUGCUCCAUAGUCAUCAAUAAUGUGACGGAGCAGGAUGAAGGCUGCUAUCUCUGUUUGUUCAACUCCUACCCUGAAGGAGCUCUGACAGGAAGAACAUGUCUCCAAGUUUACGAGCUGCAUCAACCUGUUCUACAUGUCAGAGAAUCAAACUCUAUUGGAGAGGUAGUUGUGUCCUGUUCAGCCACAGGUCGACCUGCUCCCACUGUAACACUGAGAGCUACACAAGCAGACCGCAGCUUGACUGACUACGACAGCGUCAGUGUGUCUAACACCAACGGUACAGUCACUGUCACCACUACAGCUGUGCUGUCAGCUCUCCAUGUAAACAGCACACAGGUUGGAUGUAGAGUUGGAGUGCUCUCUGGUCCUCAGAUAGAGGUGUUGGAGACCAUUCCUGGGCUCAAACCCACGUCUGCUGAUGAUGAUCAAUCUGGAUCUGAUCACAGAGAUUUUAGUCUGGAUUCAUGUUUAUUCAUGAUCAGUUUAUGA